AUGGGUAACACUGAACCUGGCUCCUUGAGCAUCUUUGUAGUAUUGUCUGCCAUUUUAUCCCACAGAUGGUAUUUCAUGCGUGGGGAACAUCAUAUGAAUGCACAUACUUGGGCUCUAGGUGCUCUGAUGGCGCCCCUUGUCCUUUGCUACCUUAUUCAUGCCUGCUUUCCACGGACCUGGUCAUCCUCGCUCUUAGGAUGUUUGAUUCUAACAGCUUCAUGGUGGUCUGGAUUCCUGUCUAGUGUCCUCUUUUAUCGGUUAUUAGAACACAGACUCUCCAAGUUCCCAGGCUCGUUGCCGGCAAAAGUCACAAAGCUGUAUCAUUUCUUUCAGUGCAUGCACCAUAAUGAUUAUCAAUUUCGAUCAAGCCAACAUGCAACCUAUGGCCCUAUUGUCCGAAUUGGUCCGAGUGAGCUUUCUAUUGCCCAUCCGGAGGCAGUACAGGCAAUUUAUGGCCCCUUGAGUCGCUGCUAUAAAUCCCCCUGGUAUGACCAGGGUAUGCCCGCCGAGUCCCUGCAUAGUGUACGCGAUAGCAAACUCCAUAGCCAGCGCCGUAAGAUCUGGGACCUCGGUUUUUCCACCAAAGCCUUGCGGGAUUUUGAGCCUCGGCAGCUUGCACAUAUCAGGCGCUUGGGACAGAGGCUUACAGAACUUGAGGGCCAACUCAUUAAUGUGAGCCACUGGUUCAACUUCCUCACCUUCGAUAUAAUGGGUGACCUUGCAUUUGGCAAGGAAUUUGGUAUGUUAGAUAAUGGGGAGGAACACUAUGUUAUGAAGUUAUUACAUGAUGGACAGAAGCCGCUUGCUUUUCUGACACCGGUACCGUGGUUGACGAGGGUAUUGGUCAAUAUACCAGGGGCCAUGGUGGGAGAGAACAAGCUCAAAAAAUGGUGCUUAGAGCAGGUCGAACAGCGCAAGAAAAUACAUCCCGACGAACCAGAUAUCAUGAGUCAUCUACUUCAAGACGCACGGCUAAAAACACGAGAAGAUGCAGACAACUGGCUUACAGGUGAUGCUCGGCUGAUUGUGGUAGCUGGCAGUGACACGACCGCACUGACUUUGAUUCACAUCUUCUACUACCUGGCUAGACACAAAGAAGUAUUAGCAAAACUACGCACAAGUUUGGAUGCUCUGAUAUCCUUCCCAGACAGCAUGUCUCACCAGGAUGUCCAGAAUAUACCAUAUCUAGAUGGUAUUAUCAACGAGAUCUUGCGCUUACAUCCACCUGUGCCAUCUGGUCUGCUGAGGGUUACACCAGCGGAAGGGCUAAAUUGCUGUGGCAUCCUCAUUCCUGGCGGCACAACCAUUUCCGUUCCCUUAUAUGUCCUCGGUCGAUCGGCUCUGGCGUAUAAACAAGCUCAUGACUUUGUUCCCGAGCGAUGGCACGAAAGGCAGGAUCUUGUCAUCGACAAAAGAGCAUUUGCUCCCUUUUCUUCCGGGAAAUAUUCAUGCGUGGGCAAGAACCUCGCGAUGAUGCAACUUCGGACAACGGUAGCCUAUUUGACAUUGAAGUUCGAUUUUUGGUUUGGCUCGGGUGAGGAUGGAUCAAGGUUGUUCAGUCAUGCUUUGGAUGCAUUUACAAUCUUUCCGGGUGAUUUGGAACUCGUAUUCCGGCAUCGCCAGUCAAAUGUUACAUGA